UUUUCUUUUAAUUUUUUAAGCAAGUGGCAGUUCUACUUAUUUCUUUACUUUGCUGUUGUUUUAACACUAGAAAUAUCAGCGCCGUUCCCCUCUGAAGUUUGGUACUGCAUCUGGAUGCCACAGGAGGACUCUGAGAAUGGAGAUGUGGCUGUUUAUUGUGGCACUGUGUCUGACGCAAGGAACAGGCAGAUCAAAGGAUAAUGGAGGAAAAGGUCAUGUGAAUCCUGAACAAUUUAUGACUGUUAGAGAGAUGAUCCACUCCAAAGGAUACCCCAGCGAGGAGCAUGAAGUCCUGACAGAUGAUGGCUAUUACCUUGGCAUGAACAGAAUUCCUCAUGGUAGAGACAGUCCUGGGAGCACAGUUUCCAUUUCAGACGGCUGAAUUCGAUAUCUUCCAUGUUGUAUGCCAACCUUUUUAUGAGCCACCUGGAAGAAGACUUCCUCAAGAACUGCACCAUCAAACCCUUGCUGUACUUACGAUAUAUCGAUGACAUCUUCAUCAUUUGGAGUGAGAACCGGGAAUCUCUAAUUGAGUUCCACCAGAAAUUCAACAGUCACCAUCCCUCCAUCCGACUUUCUUUAGAAUACUCCAGCACCAACAUCCCCUUUUUAGACACAAUGAUCAGUAUCCAGAAGGGUGAAAUACAGACCACAGUAUACAAGAAACCCACAGACCAACACACGCAUCUGCACAGAACCAGCAAUCACCCGAAACACACCAAAAAAACUGUGAUAUACAGCCAAGCCCUCAGAUACCACCACAUCUGUACUGAAGAGAACACCCGGGAUUGCCACCUCACCAAUCUUAAAAAGGCUUUCACCCAGCAAGGACACUCCUCCAGAGAGGUAGAUCGCACGUUUGAAAGAGCCACCUGGAUACCACGUGAAGAACUGCUGCAGUACAGAAGAAAAACACCCACAAAUUGCACACCGUUGGUUAUGACCUAUCACCCAUCCCUUGAACCUAUACGGAAAAUCCUCAAAAAAUUGCAACCCAUAUUAGAAAAAGACCCUAUUCUUAAAAAAAUCUUUCCAGAGCCACCCAUCCUAGCCUUCAGACAAGCACCGAACCUUGCCAACCUCAUCACCAGAAGCAAACUUCCUCAACCCCAGAACACACCAAAAGGAUCCAGACCGUGCCAUGACAAGAAAUGCAAAACCUGCCCCCACAUCUCCACCACCUCCACUAUUACUACACCCCACAACAGAGCCAUCAGCAUCCCAGGAUCUUACAGCUGCACCUCCAGGAAUGUAGUAUACCUCAUCCAAUGCACCAAAUGCCCUGAUGGAAGAUAUGUAGGAGAGACCAGACAACAACUGCACACUAGAAUGAACGCACACCGGAAAUCCAUCAAAGACAGAAACACCCAAUUACUGGUGGGGGCACAUUUCUCACAGGAGGGCCACUCUCUCUCCAAUCUCUCAGUCCUGAUCCUCAAGGGAAACUUACACAACACAUCCCAGAGACGAGCCUAUGAGCUCCAUUUCAUCAACCUGCUGGAUACUAGAGAUCAGGGACUAAACACAGACAUUGGAUUUUUGAUACAUUAUAAUCUGCCUGGCAACUGACUCCCCAGCCCAGCCCCUGGCUUGUUUACUUUUCAUUCCAUCCAGGAAGAGCACGCAGGAACUGCUGCAGCGUCCUUAGCCUGGCGAAGGGUUUUUGAACCCGAAAGCUUGCUUAAUAACUAUUCUCCAACCAUUUGUGUUGGUCUAAUAAAAGAUAUCAAAUUCA